GGCGUGCCGUCUCGCGCGGUCGUGCGUGUACUAUCGCCUAUUUGCGCGCCGUAUACCUGUGCGCGGUGGUUUAAUUAGCGCGUCCCACUGGGCCUGGCGCCAGCACAGCAUGGACGCGAUACUCGCGGCUCUCGUCGCCCUCAUGGCAUUGGCCGCCGCGAUGGCAGCGGUGCUCAGCACGCUCUCCAAAGCGGCGAUCUUCGCGCUGCUCGCGGUCGCGCCGUGCCUCUAUAGAUAUAGGAAGCGCAUUUACGUGAUCUUGAAAACGCUGCCGAGGGAUACCAAGUUCUUAUGGCGGUACGCAAACGGCAUGGUGCGGUCGAAGAACUGGGGCCGGCGGAACGCGACCGUCGCGCAGCUGUUCUCAAAACGCGCGCGCCGCACGCCCGACGCACCGUGCUUCAUCGUCGUCGGCGACCGCACCUGGACCUUCAGGGAGAUGGAUGAGAAGUCGAAUCAAGUGUCAAGGGUUAUGCAGGAGCACCUGGACUUGAAGCGCGGCGACGUGGUCUGCGUGUUCAUACCAAACUGCGCUGAGUAUGUGUGGACGUGGCUGGGCAUGGCCAAGGUGGGCGCCGUCUCUGCGCUGAUCAACAGCAAUCUGCGUCACAAGCCGCUGCUGCACUGCGUUCAAGUCGCCAAGCCGAAGGCUAUAGUCUUCUCGGACCAACUGGCUAGCGCGGUGGAAGAGAUCCGACAGCAGUUGCCUGAAGACCUGAAGCUAUUCCAGCUUUAUGGCACUUGCGCCCCGGGGGUCCUUGACCUUGGCGCAGAGAUGGAGAAGCACCCGCCCCUCCCCCCUGUCGUUACCGAGACCCUGCACUACAAGGACACGCUAUUGUACAUCUACACCUCAGGCACUACUGGCAUGCCCAAGGCUGCGGUGCUGCCUAAUUCCAAGUACCUCCUCAUCGUAGUAGCCACGGUGCACAUGCUCGGCUUAAAGUCUUCGGACCGGAUAUACAACGCGCUGCCGUUGUACCACACGGCGGGCGGGCUGGUGGGCACGGGCGCCGCGCUGAUCGACGGCAUUACGUCCGUCAUCCGACCACGCUUUUCCGCUUCCAACUACUGGUCGGACUGCUUGAAAUACGAAUGCACGGUGGCCCAGUACAUCGGCGAGAUGUGCCGCUACUUGCUGGCGCAGCCGCCGCGGGCCACGGACGCGCAACACCGCGUGCGCAUCAUGGUCGGGAACGGCAUGCGGCCGGCCAUCUGGCAGCAGAUCGUUGACAGGUUCAAAAUACCGCAGAUAAAUGAAAUCUACGGAGCUACGGAGGGCAACGCAAAUAUCAUAAACGUGGACAAUACGGUCGGUGCGGUCGGUUUCCUGCCGAAGCUGGUGCCAACGUGCCUGCACCCCAUUGCGCUGGUGCGCUCAGACGAGCAAGGCAACCUCGUACGCGGAGCCGACGGGUUAUGCAUCCGCUGCAUGCCCAAUGAGCCGGGCAUGUUUAUCGGUCUCAUCGCUCAGGGCAACGCGUCUAGAGAAUAUUAUGGUUACGUCGAUAAGAGCGAAAGCAACAAGAAGCUAGAGCGCGACGUGUUCCAUAAGGGCGACGCGGCGUUCGUGAGUGGAGACAUUCUGGUGGCCGACGAACUUGGAUAUCUAUUCUUCCGAGACCGCACCGGUGACACCUACCGUUGGAAGGGGGAGAACGUCGCCACCGCUGAAGUGGAGGACGCUUUGGGCGCUGUGCUCGCACAGAGGGCGUGCGUCGUCUAUGGUGUAUCGGUACCGCAGACGGAAGGGCGCGUAGGUAUGGCCGCCAUAGCGGACGAGGAGAGAGCUCUGGAUCUCAAUAAACUGGCGCGUCAUCUCGACGAUUCGCUGCCGUCGUACGCGCGCCCAUUGUUCCUGCGACUAGUCAAGGACAUUGAGAUCACCAGCACAUUCAAGUUGAAGAAACUGCACUACCAGAAGGAAGGCUUCGACCCGGACGUGAUCAAGGACCCACUGUACUUCAGGACCGGCGAUGGAUUCGUGCCGGUCACCACUCAGCUGUUCUCCGACAUUUGCUCUGGCCGCGUCAAGCUAUAAAUCACCUUAAUGCGUCGUAACAAGGAGACUGUCGAACAGUGCAUCGCUCAGCGGGAACGCAAACAAAUUCUCAGUGAAGAAACUCGAGGUGGACCUUUUCCAUAUAAAACGUUGAAUGUAACAAGUGUUUAAACAACAUCAUUUCAGCUUCUCAUUUGCUCCGAAAGUUAAUGACAAUUCAGUUUAUUAGAAAAGCAACAAGAAAAAAUAAUAUUACGGCUAGUAAAAAUUAACCUAGUAUGGAUAAGCUGGUUCCGUUUCUUGGCAACAGUUGUUAUUAAUAUUAAAAAUAUCUGGGCAACAAAGCUGAAUAACAACUGUUAGUAACAAACGCAACCAGAUUUUCCUUACCAUUUAUUAGAGAUUGAUUAUAAUCAAUUUAGUUUCAAUUUCAAUAAUUAUUGUAACUGGUCGUUCCUAUUAGUUAAUAUUUCUCCGUUGCUCCGCGUCGUAACCUCGUUCCACUCCAGUAGACAGGCAGCCAAAAGGUUUCAGGUAUUCACUUUUUUAACUUGUACCUUUUGCUUUCUGGGCGAAGACUCUACCUGGCUAUAGGUACUAUUGGGAUCAUAAGAGACUGAAUAUGUUCCAGUUAUGCUGCUGAGGGCGCUAGCUUUUUGAUAUAACAUUGAUUUUUAAUAAACGCGAAUACGCAGCGUAAAACGUUUAACCACAUAAUAAAUGUAGUGGGUUUUUUCUUAUUUUACGCAAAUGAGAAGCUAACUUGGGAUCGCUUAAAAAUCACUUUGAAGUACUGUACAGUCAGGCCAGCAAUAUAAUAAAAUAAAUGUGUUAAAAAAAAUAGAACCACCUCAUCUAAAACCUGUCCAGGUGCUGAUACAUUUUGAUUGAAUAAAUUUAUAGUACUCUAUGGUAUGGGGUUAUAAAGGUGAUAGAUAAGUGAAAGUUGUGGUGUCUGUUUUAUUUUAGGGGUUAAUUAAUAAUAUUAAAUUAUUUUAAAAUAAAUUUAAUCAUAAUAGCACAUAAUCUU